ACCCCACCUCCCAAACUCAGAUAAGCUAUGCACAUCCUGACAGGCUCAUGUCUAAUCUGUUCUUAGAAACCUUCACUGAAGAAGACUUCACAACCUCCGUAAGUAGUCUAAUCUGCUGCCUGUCUACACUGUUCACAAGUCUAAACUGAUGCCUGAACUAAGCCUGUAGUUUCUUCAUGCUCCUAUUCUGUCAAGAGCGUAACACGUGUAAGAUGUGUCCCUCCCUCCCCACAAGUGGCCAUGCAUUCCUGCCUCCCUUUGAGCCCUGAUGUUUAUUUAUGCCAAUUCAGCAGUUUUUUCCUCUGACUAUAAAUCAGACUGGUGAAAUAGCAUGUUUUUAUUUAAAGGCAAGACUUUUUUUUUUUUUUUUUUUUUUGAGCACUUCAUUUUGCAGGUCCAGUUUAGAGCACAGCCAUGUGAAGAGCUGAAUCAGCAUAACUGAGAGAAGAGAAAUCUCCAAGGACAAACUGGAACAAGUGGCUAAAUGUAGAAAAGGCUCAGCAAGUUGUACACCAUUUCAGCAGAGAUGUCUGAUCUUUCGAUCUGCAUACCUGGAGUUGCUUUAUCCCUUGACUGGUCUUUUCAGUAACCACUAAAGACUUCUUGAACACUGGGACAGAUGAGUUAAAUUCUUCCUGAAUGUUCUUCAUCAAAAGUAGAUGUACUGGACUUUCUGGAUGUGCAUAAGGACACAAAGACUGAAGAAGUCCUGAAGAUUGAUGGAGGGCCAUGCUAUUCAAACAGCAGGCGUUGCUGAGACAGAAGCUCUUUGUGCUAGGCAGCCUUGCUAUUGGAAGUCUCCUAUAUCUAGUUGCCAGAGUUGGGAGCUUGGAUAGACUGCAGCCCCUCUGCCCCAUCGAUGGUCGAUUUGGACCCCGCGGCCAGGACGAAAUCCCCCUGCGAGCUCUGCAGUUCAAGCGAGGGCUGCUCCACGAAUUCCGAAAGGGCAAUGCCACCAAGGAACAAAUACGACUGCACAAUCUGGUUCAGCAGCUUCCCAAGGCCAUUAUCAUUGGGGUGCGGAAAGGAGGCACCCGAGCACUACUGGAGAUGCUGAACCUUCACCCCGCAGUGGUCAAAGCUUCUCAAGAGAUUCACUUCUUUGACAAUGAUGAGAACUAUGCCAAGGGGAUUGAGUGGUACCGGAAAAAAAUGCCUUUUUCUUACCCUCAUCAAAUAACAAUUGAGAAAAGCCCUGCGUAUUUUAUCACCGAGGAAGUACCUGAAAGGAUUUACAAAAUGAACUCAUCUAUCAAAUUAUUGAUCAUUGUCAGGGAACCUACCACAAGAGCUAUUUCUGAUUACACUCAGGUGCUGGAAGGUAAGGAAAGAAAGAACAAAACUUACUACAAAUUUGAGAAGCUGGCUAUUGAUCCUAAUACCUGCGAAGUGAACACUAAGUAUAAGGCAGUGAGAACCAGCAUCUACACAAAACAUCUGGAGAGAUGGUUAAAAUACUUCCCAAUCGAGCAGUUUCAUAUCGUGGACGGAGACCGGCUUAUCACAGAACCACUGCCAGAACUCCAGCUGGUCGAGAAGUUCCUAAAUCUUCCUCCGAGGAUAAGUCAGUACAAUUUAUACUUCAAUGCCACCAGAGGGUUUUACUGCUUGCGAUUUAACAUUGUCUUUAACAAGUGCCUGGCGGGUAGCAAGGGACGCAUCCAUCCAGAGGUGGAUACCUCUGUCAUUACCAAAUUGCGCAAGUUCUUUCAUCCUUUUAAUCAAAAAUUCUACCAGAUCACUGGGAGGACAUUUAACUGGCCCUAAACUAAACUUCAUACAACAUUUUCUGUUGCACCUGAGACAUGCAAUAAAUGUCUCUGCUAAAAUAUGCACUUUUCAUAGACACAGCUAUGAAAGUAAGUUUUUUCAUGCAUACGUGUACAUAUGCAGUGUGUGACCAAAUAUACGGUGGGAUCAAUUUUUUCUACAGAAUAGUAACUAACAUAAAUUUACUGUCAGCAUAGUGGCAUCUUUUAAGAUAUAAUAAAGGGAAAGGAGGUAUUUAGGGAAAUAAAGUCAGACACCGUUAAAAGGGUCAGUGUUCCUCUCACUUAGUGAAGUGUUUAUGUGACAUACUUAUUGAUCUAAGCAGAAAGUUAGUUAUGCCAUAAAAAUUCAUGUCAAAAGUCUGUGAAACUGUGAGAAAGCAUAAUCUUCAGGCUAUAUUUGGUAUGUAUAUUGCUAAAGGAAUACUGACACUUUAAACACAGUGCUGAAUUUUUACAAUGAGAGUGGAUAGUACUAUUUUCUUAUUAUUUGAAAUGAAUAUCUUAUCUCAUACAAACUACAUUGUUUCAGAGUUCCUGUGGUGAGUUUGCACUAUUGUUUUAUUGUAUGGACCAUAGUGUCACUUGUAGCAUGUCAAUCAUGUGUCAAAAAAGGUCAAAUAAUUUUUUCUUCUAUGCUUGUGUGUCGACAAAGCUAAACAUCGUGUACAUAGUGUACAAUGUUUGUAAAUACUGGUUUCACACUAAGUAAUUCUAUUUUGUAAACUGAAUAUGGCUAUUUAAUUUAUUGUGAAAAUUAAAUUUAUUGUGGUAUUUAAAAAUGGAAUGGAUUAAAAUUACCUAUAUGUGCAA